UCACGACCGAGUAAUGAUUAAGAGGGGUUCAGCAUACGUCAAACAUGCCAGAUCCAUCUCUGAACGCUUAUCUGGCUAAGCAUUAUCUAGAUGGUGCUAAAGCUGAGGCUAUCUUGGCCAGAGAUGGCACAGAUGGGGAGAGGAAAAGAAAGCGUAAAAAGGUCAAACCGGAGCAAGAGAGUGCAAGUGGAUCAGGGUUCCGAUUAGUGGACGAUUCCGAUGAGACUUGGAAAGCAGACAGAUUAGAUGAUGAUGGUGCAUUGGUAGUAGAGGACGAAGGGUCAACCUCUAAACGAAAACAGAGUCGUUGGGCAAAAGUGGGUAAAAGCAGUGGCACAGGGAGAGAUGAUGUUUUGCAGGAUGGAGAUCUACCUCAAGUCGCUGAUGAGCAAGGCAUGAAUUUAGAUGCAAAUGAUCAAAUGUCAGCGGAACGGCAACUGGCAGCCAAUCCAGCUGCAGGAUCCAGCUCAUCCAAUAGUGCUAUUCGGGCAGGUCUAAAAACCCGGGAAGAGAUGCGUGCUGAAAGAAUAGAACGUGAACGCAAAGCAGCAGAAGAGAAAGAGGCGAAACGAUCGGGACAAAUUCAAUCAACAAACGAAGACGAGCAAAAAGCGUUACAGCAGGCCGAACGUGAAAGGCGGCAGCAAGAAACAGUAUACAGAGAUGCUACAGGUAAAAGAAUUGAUGUACAAAAAGAAGAUGAAGAGCGAAGAAAGAAACGAGAAGAAGAACGCAAACUUGAACGAGAAAAGACGGAUUGGAAUAAAGGCGAGGCACAAUUACGCAAUGCCCGUGAACAGAGAAGAAGAGAGGAAGAGGAGCGGAACACUUCAUUCGCUAGACAUGCCGAUGAUACCAAAAUGAAUGCCCAAUUACGCAAAGUUGAACGACAGAAUGAUCCUGCCGCUCGUUUUCUGAAGAACAAAGAAGCGCAUCAGGCAAGAGGGCCACAGAAGCCGGUAUACAAGGGUCAUUUCCCUCCUAACAGAUUCGGUAUACGUCCGGGCUAUAGAUGGGAUGGAGUAGAAAGAAGCAACGGCUUCGAAAAUAAGCUAUUCCAACGCAGAAAUGAACGGGCAAGAAGAAAGGCGGAACAUCAAGCCUGGAGUCAAGAAGAUAUGUAAUCACAAAUGUAUCAAUAGGCAAUCGAUUGUACUUUUAAUAUCCGAUUCGAUUAAGAAUUUCACGAUUGCAAAGUAG